AUGGCACCCCCGGACAAGCAGGACCAAGAGAAGGCACAGGGGCCCGUGCCCUGGGCCGGAUUCUGGCGAGCCAUGCGAGGCCCGGCGUCCGCGCGGUGUGUGCUGCAGUGUGCUGGCAAGAUCCUUCCCAGCCCGGGCCCCAAGGCCUCGCCACGCCUGCCCCAGGCCCGGGAGCCGCAAGCCUGCCCCCCUUACCUCCCUCCCCAUUUGGGAGCUCGGCGCUCGGGCGGCGCUUACCGUCCGGCCGGGGCUCCUCCCCCAAAGCGCCGGGCGGGGCGGGCGACGGCGGCCAAAAGCGGGCCCACUCACGCAGCCCACACCAAGGCCGUGCCGGGACACCCUCCGGAGACUCACAGGGGCCUUGCCAGAAGCGCCCGGCGCUCGAAGGAGCCUUCCCCGCGAAGCUCGGCAGCGGGGGUGUCCCUGCGAGCGGGCCAGCGGGCCGUCCCGGCGGCGGGCCGGCCUCGGAGCGAGCCGGGCGGGUGA